CAUUUUAGUUUGAAACUCGCACCCCGUUCUAGACCCGAAAUAUCUCAAAUAUAAAAACCUGUCAUCCAAUGAGUCCCACACUACUUGCUUUCGUUAUCCUUGGGCUGUUCAAUGCAGCAUCCUCGUUCGUUAGCUGGACUGAGGCGUUUCACGAGCAGCAGGCGACGUAUCUGCGUCCCGGUGAACCUCACAUCCACGAUGCACAGACGCUGCUCAACAUGCUGUACGUGCACAAUCAGAUCCAGGUCUACUGUCAGCCCCCAAUGGAGUUGACCAUGUGGAACGUAUUCCAGAGCAACCGCCUGCGCUUGCAGAUAGCCGCUGACGGAGAUUAUAGUCAGUAUAAGGGAGCCACCGUGCGGGAAGUCCAUCAGGCGGUUCGCCAGCUGGACGAUUGCCACGAGGGGAAGCCACUGGGGCAUUCAACAGAGGAGCCAAGGAUCGUUACGAUGGCCACACAUGAUCACGCCUGCUAUGGCAUCUAUACAGUUGAACCGUUUGUCCUUACGCUGGAAGUGAUCAGUUGCGACCUUGAGCGGGUAACACAGUUCACCUUUGGCCUCGUUUUGUGGCUAAGCUGUCCGCUCCUGGCGGAUUCGCUGCUCGCCUUCUACUGCUCAGCUGCGGCCUUGGGCGCCCACCUGGCGGGUGUGUUGGCGGUCGCAGCCGCCCUAAUGUCAUCGGACCGCGAGCGGCACCUGCGCCUUGGAACGCUUAAGGUGAACUUCAAGCUGGUGCUCAAGGAGCGGCCCACUGCGAUAACCUUGGCGCUGAUCGGAGGCGCUUGGCUGCUCAAGUCCGCCUGCCAGCGCUUCAGUUUCCUGUGGCGGCGCACUCUGUUCCGCCGUCUGCAUCACCGCCUGCUGAGGGCCACCUCAUACUGGCUGAUCUUCACUGCAUCCGAUCACAGGGGCUUUGGGUGGACCUGCCUAAUGCUGCUGAUCCCCUGGCCGGAACUUUUGUCGCUGAUAAGCUGGCUGAAUACCCAAUACGCUCGAUACCAAAGGUGCUGCUUGAAACCAACGGAGCAGUGGGAAAUCGUGAGUCAGGAAGCCCCUUAUCAAGGGUCACAUUGGCGGAUUGGGCGAUCCGGACACGAUAAUCUUUUAUCCGAAAGCCAAGGGAGUUUUAAUCCCAUUAACAUGCGUUUUUAUCGCGAGCAGCAACAGGAUGAGCAGAAUGAGCAUGAUGAAAAUGCCUUAAUCUGCGAAUCCUGUGCUAAUUGUCAUGGACGACCCUCCACGUGGAGCUGUUUUAACAGAUGUCUUCAGAUGAGCUCGACUAGAAAUCCACCCAGCCCAGAACCUCAUUUAACCAUUUUAUAUCGCAAUCUUCACUAUUCAAACUCUGAAAGCAGCUCCACGUUCCAGUGAUAAAAUAGAACCUACAUUGAAGUCCAAGCCAGCAGAAGAAAUCGGAGAAGGAUUGGAUCCACUGCAAUCGAAUCGAUGCUAAGGGAGGCAAACAAGAAUUUUCUAUUUGCCAAGAUAAGUUGCCUUAUGAAAGAGGUUGUCGAUGGGUGGCAGACAAAGUUUCUCAAAAGCGAGGAAAUGUGUAGGCAAACUCUGCCUUAUUAAGUGCAAAAAUGGUCAUGAAUGAACAUCACUAAUUAACUAAGGACUGAAAUAUUACCUAGAAAAGUUAAAUAGGCAUCACAAAAAACCAAGUACUGAAAUUACAGCUUUGAUUUGAUUUUAUGCUUAAUGUUGUUAAAUUUCGUUUGUGUACAACUAAAAGUUUUGGUUUUCAUAAACAAGUGAAUCCAUUUUGGAAGAAUUCA